GGCCGCGUGCGGGGCCGCUUGAUGGGGCCGCAGGUAGAGGCGAGGUCGCCAGGGCAGCCGGCUGCAGAAAAGAAAAAAGAUCCUACUCGCUGUGAAAAAUGGAUUGGAAAAGAGAAAGCAGUGGGAGAGUGUGUAGGAAAGUGUUGCAGAAGCCCAGGUCACCUAAGAAUCAGGUGUUGGUGGAAGAAGCUCAGGAGGGUGUGAGGCCUGGGUGGUGAAAGCCGUCGUUGUGUCCAUGGCAGCCAAGGGGGAGAGGGCCAGAGAGAAAGAUGCGGGCCCGGAAUCUCUCUGAGGAGGAGUGCCUUCAAACCAGCUCACAGGGCUGGCCCUGACUGACCUGGGAGUGGAUGGAGACCUGAGCUGGGAGAAGGAAAGCCCCCCUGGAGGGAGCUCGAGGAGGACGACACCAUGGAGACGAGACACCAGGAAGGCAGGAAGGGCCCCCUUCGCAGGGACGUGCCCCCGGUGGUGGGGCUGCUGCUCUCCAUGGCCCUCAUGAAUGCCCUCCUCUACCUCUGCCUCGACUGGCUCUUCAUCUUGCCCCCGCGCUCUGUGGGAGAGCCCAGGCACUGUCCCCAUGGCCACUUCAGGAUGGGACAGAUGAGCAACUGCUCCCCGUGGCUGUCCUGUGAGCAGCUGAGGACGGAAGUGAGGCAGAUGAAGCGAGUUGGCGAAGGAGCCGUGAAGAGGGUAUUCCUGUCUGAGUGGAAGGAACGCAAGGUGGCUCUCUCUCGGCUCACCAGGUUGGAGAUGAAAGACGACUUCCUGCAUGGACUGCGGAUGCUGAAGUCGCUGCAAAGCAAGCAUGUGGUCACGCUGCUUGGCUUUUGUGAGGAUGACAGCACCAUCCUCACAGAGUAUCACCCCUUGGGCUCCCUGAGCAACCUGGAGGAGGCUCUGAGCCUCCCCAGAUACCAGAGCAUCAACACGUGGCAGCACAGGCUGCAGCUGGCCCUGGACUACGUGGGCAUCAUCAACUUCCUGCACAACAGCCCUCUGGGCACGCUGGUCAUGUGCGACUCCAGCGACCUGCCCAAGACGCUGUCCCAGUACCUGCUGACCGCCAACUUCAGCAUCGUGCUGAAUGACCUGGACGCCCUGCCCCUGGUAAACCACAGCUCCGGGGCCCUGGUGAAGUGUGGCCACAGGGAGCUCCAAGGGGACUUCGUGGCCCCAGAGCAGCUGUGGCCCUAUGGAGAGGACGUGCCUUUUCAGGACGACCUCAUGCCCGUGUAUGAUGAGAAGAUUGACAUCUGGAAGAUUCCAGACGUCUCCAGUUUCCUUCUGGGGCACGUGGAAGGGAGCGACAUGGUCCGGUUCCACUUGUUUGACAUUCACAAGGCGUGUAAGAGCCAGACGCCUGCAGAGAGACCCACCACUCAGGACAUUCUGGACACUUACCAGAACGUCUUGAAUCUGCUCAGAGACACCGCGACUUCUCAGACCAGAGAGAUGCUGUAGAAUCCAGUACAGUGAGAGCUGGGGUCAAGGAAGGCUGGAGGAGUUACAGCGGCUCCGCUCUGACCUGAGGUCUGUGCUAUUCCCGUGUGCUGCUUCCUUUCUGGCCACGUGCUCGUGUGAGCUUCCCUCUCCUGGCCACCUGGGCGACGGCACACUCAGCCCUGUGUAAGCCUGGCUUCAGGCGGAGAUGCAGAGAAGCAGUGAACCUGGCUCGAUGCUAAAGGAAGUACACAGCAGGCCUAACAACAGAAUAUGUAAGCCUGUAAGAAAUGUGUAUAGGGAAGGUUUUUAAUGGCAGUGUGUGGAAGAAACACAAGUGAUUCUCCAAAGAGUAUUUUUUUCCUCAUUUUUUUAGACGGGGUGUUUGUGGUGUAUUUCACAUGAUACCAAGGAAGCCACCUCUACCGUUUUAAAUGAUCUGUGAGGCUCCUGUGCCUUUCACUUCCCAAUGAGCUAGCAUGCUCUUUGAAAUUUUGAAUGGAUAAGGAAUAUUUUUUUAAACAUUUUAUUUUUAUUAUUAUGGGUUUUUUGGUUCGUUUGUGUGUUUUUUGUUUUUUGUUUUUUUGCCCCACCUGUGGGCGUUCCCAGACCAAAAAUCCAACCUGAGCCACAGCAGCAACCCAAGCCGGUGUCCUGUCAGCACUGAAUCCCUAACCCACCAAGCCACAAGGAAUCCCCAGGAAUAUUUAAAAUAUCACUUAUGAAGGAAAUUAUAUCUGUGUUACUGCUUUGAAUGGUGCAGUAACCAUUUACCCUUCAGCUGGAUUUUCUGAGUCUAAAACUUAAUUAUUGUGACCAUUUUACAUCAACAGUGUCACUCAUUACUGGAAUAUGCCUCGCACUUCCACUUGAGUCAAAUAAUUGAAUUCUUCGAAAAACUCUUUCAGGGAGUUCCCACUGUGGUUCAGCAGUAACAAACCCACCUAGUAUCCAUGAGGAUGAGGGUUUGAUUCGCUGGCCUGCCUCAGUGGGUUAAGGAUCUGGCAUUGCCAUAAGCUGUGGCAUAAGUCACAGAUGGUGCUCAGAUCCCAAGUUGCUAUGGUUGUGGCUUAGGCCGGCAACUGCAGCUCCAAUUCUACCCCUAGCCUGGGAACUUCCAUAUGCCGUGGGUAUGGAUCUCAAAAGACAAUAA